UCUUUCCAGAUUCCAGAAAGUAAACUGUUUAUUUCAGAAUAAUAGUGCUUCUAAAAGCUUUUCAAGAUGCCAAUAUACUUUUAUUCUUCGAGAUAAAUUUUUAAAAAACUUUUUAACAAUAUUAUUGUCAGACUAUGUAUAUAUAGUUAAGUCUAACAAUCGUGAUAUUGAGAAACAAACAGGCUCAACUAAGUUCAUAAUAAUGGAAACUUUUUUAGCAUUUUCAUAACUUUUAUUUCACAUCCCAUUUUACUAAAUUAUAGACCAAAGUUGAUAUAAAAGUUCUUCAUACUAGCAUGUUCACACAUUCUUCACACCAGCAUGUUCUGAAAUUAUGGUUAUGCUUGUAUUUUUCAUAAGACCAAGGUCACAGCAAAUGACAUUUAGUUUACUCAAAGUUAACCAUGAAGAUGACAAAUAGAUAGCAUACAUCCAAUAGCAUAAACAAAAACUAUGAGUGCAUAUUUAAAGCAACGUUCAUUCCGUAAACUCCAUAAGUUAGAAGAUAUUAUCGAAAACUUAAAAAAAUCUAGAAAUGAUCUUGAAGAGUCUAAACGAGCUAAAUUUGACUUGCAACAGGACAGUGAACAUAAACUUUUAGAGAUACAAAAACAACAACAAUAUAUUGAGUUUAAAAGACAACAAAUAAUCGAGUUCAAUGAAAUAAAUGAUCAACGUUUUAAACAAUCGCUUAAAUACGAUCAACAAGUAAAUAACCAACGUUCACUUGAAAGAAAAAACAACGUAGUUAAUUCAAUAGCGUAUUCUGUAACUCAGAGUGAUGAAAAUUUUCAGCUCGCUUCUCAGGUUUUAAAACGUUAUGAUAGUAGACGUUUGAAAGACACAUUGUUUUUAGGCAGAGUACCAUUUAGUUAUAGUAAUCAAUUAAACUCGUUGGUUCCUCCAAUCAAAAACGGCAGAAAAAAUCUAAUUCAACAAUCUAUCUUAGAAGAUAAAAUUUCUGAAACUAAAUGUGAAAAAUGUAACAAAAGAUUUUUUCGCAGAAGUCAACUCGUACGACACAUUUCAAAUCACGUGGUGCACGAGUGCACCAGAUGCAAAUCUCUUUUUUAUUGUGUUAGAAAGUUCAAAAGACAUAUAGCAACACAUGAAAGUUGGCCUUGUGAAUUUUGCAACGAAGUCUUUUAUGAGGCUUCUGCAUGGUAUAAACACCGUGCAGCCCACACAAUGGUGGGAUGCGCAAGUUGCAACACUAUUUUCUACAAUAAAAAUACCCUUUUGAAGCAUAAAAUGGAACAUAUGAUUUUUCUAUGUCCGUUAUGUCAUGGAGUUUUUGAAAACAUAAAUGAAUGGUCUAAUCAUAGAGUUUACAACGAUAAACCUUGCGGUAGUAGCAUAUUUUCUCCAAAUAUAAUAUGUAAAGUAUGUCGGAACACUUUUCAUAAACAAGAUACGUUUUUAAACCACGGGUGUAAGUUUUAUACAGAACCGUUUCGAAAAAAAAGUCGGUGUGUUUUCUCAAAAGAAGACAUUUCCGAUCUAAUUGGUUUUGAAAAAGCAAAAAUGUGCUAGAAGCAUUGAUCUUUAGCGGCAAUUUUCUUUUAGCGGAACAAUUUUAGUAUAACAGAACCUUGAGCGCUUUUGCGCAUAUCUUUAAAAUCAAACUUUCAUAUUCAAGACAAACCCAGAUUAAUAUUCAAACGAAAAAUUAUAAGUAUUUACUAAUUGUAUAUACUCGUCAUUUAGUUUUACUAACAAAUUAAACUUUUUUUUAGUUUCCAUUUUUUUUUAUUAUUAUUAUUUUUUUUUUUACAACAAUCAUUGUUAUGAAUU